GCAGGUGCAGGUUCAGAGCCUGGCCAGUGCUGCCCCCUCCCUCCCUCAGCCUGGGCCCCCCCCCCAAAAGACUCCUGCACCCAAUCCGAUGCCCCAGGCCGGGUACAGCUUUGUGGUCCAGGCUGAGGAGAAGCCCUGCCGUGCAGUGUCCAGCAGAGCCCUCUGUUUUGGCGCUGUCCUGGCCCUGGUCAUCGGCCUGGGGAUGGGCCUAGGGUUUUGGCGCAGCCUGAGAGCCCCAGCCUGGCAUGGGAGGGGCACCUCUGCCAACUUCUCCCAGAGGGUCCUGAAGCGGUGCAGCAGUUAUAGCCGGGGCUCGGUUCCUGAGCUGGGAGGAAAGCGCUGCCCAGAGAUAGUGGCAGCCUUUGAGAACGCGUUUCUUUCCAAGGACCCCUGCCAGAUCACUGAAGAGGACUACCAGCCUCUGAUCAACUUGACCCAGCAGUCAAUACCUUGUGGCAAGUUUCUCUUUUGGAGCAGAUCAAAGAAGCUUGCACACAGGUACACUCGGCAGAAGAAAGAGUUCUUCACGCUGGAGGACACACUGCUGGGGCGCCUGGCGGAUGGUCUCACCUGGUGUGGAGAAAAAGGCUCUCCCGAGAUGAACUACCAGUCUUGUCCUCACUGGAAAGAAGACUGCGCGAAGAACCCUGUUUUAGUGUUCUGGGUCUUGGCAUCUAGAAGGUUUGCAGAAAAUGCCUGCGGCGAGGUCACCGUGAUGCUUAAUGGCUCUCAGAGUAAUGCCUUCAGCAGAAGCAGUAUGUUUGGGAGCAUAGAAGUCAGACAUCUGGAUCCAAAGAAGGUUCACACACUCCAGGCCUGGGUGAUGCAGAAUCCCGGAGGCGUUUCUGGAGACUCAUGCUCAGGAACUACGAUAAGUGACCUGAAAUCAAUUAUUAAUGGAAGAAAUAUUACUUUUAUCUGCCAUGACGUUAACAGUCUUGAAGAGAUCUGUGUGUGAACAAUGCUGAGCGUGGUUCUGCAGACCUGAGCCGUGGACCUUUGCAUGGGGCUCUUCCCUGGCCUGAGGCCCCGGACUGAUGUGACGCGGACAUACCUGGCCCAGGACACUUGCCGGAGGGGUCACAGGGUGGGAUCCGCUCAUGACAACAUCGCUGCAGACGGGAACCUUUACCCAGAGCCUUACUCACCUGACGCUGCUGCCAGCAUCUUUCUCUGGAUCUCCUAACGUUCAGAAAAAAUGCAUUUUAUCAGGAUGAAAAUACUGAUUGUGUCUUAA